UCUAACAAAUGCAAGGACAUUACAUUUAAGCAGACAAACUCUUGAUAGUCAUGGAUAAAACAACAAUAUCCACGUGCGUAAGGAUAGUCAAUCGACAGUCGUAAACCAGCUGUUUAUUCUCAACAUCUGCUUUAUUUACAUCUUAGAGGAUUCAAAGCAGAUUAAUGAGAAAAAGGAUUCAAUUCCAACAUGAACAUCCAGCAGGGUCACCGUGAUUGGGGCGAAUAUGGCAACCAAGAGGGGUUCAGCUAUUACUAUUCCGCGGAAAUGUAAAAAAGGUGAACCGGUGUUGCUCGGAGGGGGGUACCUUUGGAUGCCGUUGAAGGGGCGUAUGGUCUUGUUUGCUAUCUCUUUUCUUGUUCUUCCCUGCCAAGACCACGUCAUUCGGUUGACUGUAUGCGUUGAAGCUUUCGUUGUGGUUUCGUUUAUGCGACAAAUCCACUUAGAUUUAAUGAAUUUCACUCACAUACAUCAAUUAACAUGUAAAUGUAUAUGUGCAUGUUAUUUCUUCACCUUUUUAUUUUUGCGCAACGCAUGCAUGCGUGAUUUUUGCCCUCAAUGAUAUAGAGAGUUGUCUUUGAUAUCUAUUUUUUAAAA